AUGACUGAAAACCUGUUUAACAACGACACCUUGAUGGAGGAAAGUAUAGAAGAAGAAGUAGAAGACGUAAAUGAAUGGUUUCACUUUCAAAUUCAAGGGAAGAUUUAUAUGACGUUUAUCCUGAUCAUCGCGUCACUGGGAGUUGUGGGUAACGUAAUGUCCUUCAUCCUGAUGUCUGACGCAAAACUCAGAUCACUUGCAUAUUCGGUUUACUUAAGAUGGAUGGCGGUGUCAGACAGCUUGUUACUUAUGAUGGUUACUACUGAGGAUACUUUGGACACAUACAAUUAUCUGCAAAGGUUUUUAGUCUCUCACGUGACUCUCUGUAAGAUGUGGACCUUUUUUCUAGCCAUGACCUACACACUGUCUCCAUGGCUGGUCGUGGCCUUGACCCUCGACCGAUUUGUGUGUGUAGUUUUCCCUCUGUCUCGGCACAGGCUGUGCACAACGUCAAAGGCUUUCAAACUGUGUUUGACCUUGACACUGAUUUCUGCAGCUCUUAACGUUGUCUCUUUGAUUUACCUGGAUAUUGAAGAUGGCGAAUGCAUACCGUCUGAUAACUUGCACCUGUCUCGCUACCUAGUAUUCCAGCAACUGUUUUUGAACUCGAUUCUACCUUGUGUUGCAGUUCUGAUUCUAAACAUAGUCACAGUGAGUCGGAUUCGCCGAAGCGCUUAUUUUCGUCAGCAGUUUAAACGGAGCGGAAGUUCCGAAGCGACGAAAGAAAGACAAGACAAAAUCACGCUUCCGCUGUUACUCGUUUCUAUAUUCGCCUUCGUGACACUUAUUCCACGAGCUGUUACGGAGUUUACCGAAUAUGUGCUCGGUGUUUUGCAAGAACAUGAUGGCAUGACCAUGGAGCUAGCGAAUAAGCUGUGGCCAGUAUUCAACGUAAUUUAUCUCGUCAACUUCGCACAGAACUUUUACAUUCUGAUGGCCAGUUCGUCUGAAUAUCGCCUGAUAUUCAGACAGAAGCUGACUUGUCAUCACAAGGAUAACAGGAACACGUCCUCUGCACAAACACAGUCUUCAAGAAUGUCAUCUGAACUUUCUAAAAUUAGCGUCUUCAAGAUGGCGGAUAGUCGACCUGUGACGUCAGGUGACACCACUCUAUAUUCUAGUUCGUCGAUGAGUUCCUCACCAGUCACAGAGCUUGGCAUUUAA